AUAUACUACUUGAAUAAUUAAUUUUCCUUUUAUGAAUAGUUCUUGAGAUCGAAAUUAUUUCUAAUGGAUAAUCAGCCAUUUCUUAAGCCUAUGUUCAUGUACAAAGACAAAGUUUCUGUUCAAGCCUGGGCGAAUAGGAGGUAAAAUGUUUUCCCUCCACAACACCACAGCCUUUCCGUUAAUAUUGUUUGCAGUGUUUUCCCUUACAAGCUCUAUUAAUUCCCAGCCAACCUAUAAUGACAACAUAUGUUUAGAUCAAUCAAAUCAAACCACCAACGCUAAUUAUCAAUCCAACCUCACAGUCCUGUUGAAUUCUUUAUCAUCUAAAGCUUCCCAAAACUACAGCUUCUACAACGAUAGCUCUAAUAUUGGCAUCUAUGGACUCUUUCUCUGCCGAGGCGAUGUUUCUAAUAGUACCUGCCAAAGUUGUGUCAGCUAUGCCACCCAAGACAUCACAACUCGGUGUCCAUCUAAUAAUAGCGCAAUCAUAUGGUACGAUGAAUGCAUGUUACGCUAUUCCAAUGUUAAUUUCUUUGGACAGGUACAAACUUCUCCAGGGGUACUCAUGUGGAAUGUCGGGAACACAACCUCACCUGAUCAGCCCAACUUUAGCGCAGUUGCUCUAAUGAACAUUCUAACAGGGACAGCAGUAAAUGACGAUAUGUUGUUUCAUGAUGGGAAUUUGACAGCAAGUAAUGGAUCCAAUCAAACUUAUGGGUUGGUGCAGUGUACUAGAGAUAUCAAUAGUAGUGGUUGCAGCAGUUGCUUAAGCCUGUUGAUCAAGGAUGCUGAGAGUUGUUGCCAAUCGAAAAUAGGGUUGCGUAUCAUAACCCCAAGUUGCAGUAUAAGGUAUGAGACCUACUCUUUCUUUCAACAACCACCAGUGCCGCCGCCUUCAGCACCAGCACCACCGCCCCCACCUCAAUCAUCAGGAGAUGGAGGAAAGAAGACAAAAAAGACAGUAAUCAUUACUAUAUCAUCACUUGCAUCAAUUGCAAUAGUUGCAGCUGUCUUGGGUUUCUGGUAUUAUUCAUCAUCAGACAGGAGGAAAAGAAAUUUAGAUGGAGAUAAAAGCCAAGAAAUUCCAUUACGAAAUAAUUUAGCAGGUUCACUUUCAAUGCACUUAGACUAUAGUAUCUAUGGAAGGGAUGAUGACAACAGAGGAGAAAUGAAUUACUUCAAUUUAAGUACAAUAUUGACUGCUACAAACAAUUUCUCUGAUGCCAGUAAGCUUGGAGAAGGUGGUUUUGGCCCAGUGUACAGGGGCAAGUUGAUUAAUGGGAAGGAAAUAGCAGUUAAAAGGCUUUCAAUGAAAUCAAAACAAGGUCUUGAAGAGUUCAAGAAUGAAGUGAUUUUAAUUGCAAAACUUCAGCAUAGGAAUCUAGUAAGGCUCUUGGGAUGCUGCUUGGAAGGAGAAGAAAAACUUCUAGUCUAUGAGUACAUGGCCAACACUAGUCUUGAUGUCUUCUUGUUUGAUCCAAAGAAAUGUAAAGAACUAGACUGGGCUAAACGUACAAGCAUUGUCAACGGGAUUGCAAAAGGACUUCUCUAUCUACAUGAGGACUCUCGGCUCAAAAUCAUCCAUAGGGAUUUGAAAGCAAGUAAUGUUUUGCUAGAUGAUGAAAUGAACCCAAAGAUAUCAGAUUUUGGCACUGCUAGGAUUUUUGGGGGCAAUCAAAUAGAAGCCAACACAAUCAGAGUUGUGGGUACAUAUGGAUACAUGGCGCCAGAAUAUGCAAUGGAGGGACUAUUUUCAAUAAAGUCUGACAUAUAUAGCUUCGGGAUUCUACUGCUAGAAAUUGCUAGUGGAAAAAAGAACAGCGGCUUCUAUCAUCCAGAGCGUGAAGAAAGCCUUCUGUCAUAUGCAUGGCGAUUAUGGAAUGAUGGCAAAGGACUGGAAUUUAUAGAUCAGACCAUAGUUGAUACUUGUCCUAUAAGUGAGGUACUGAGAUUGAUCCAUAUUGCAUUGUUAUGUGUUCAAGAAGAUCCUAAUGAUAGACCUACCAUGUCAAUGGUCGUACUCAUGCUUGCAAGCAAAUUGAUAAACCUUCCUCAACCAUCAGCACCUCCAUUUACAGUAAGUAGAUUUACCAUGUUUGAUCAAUAUUCAACAGUUGGCACCGGCUCAGGAUUUGUCACAUCUGAUCUGUCUUCAACAAGUGCUUCUUGCUAGUGAAGAGAUUAACUGGUGCAUUUCAUUUUAACUACAAAAUUUCCUUGUUAGAAGCUUCUUCAAGCAGGGGAUGCAUCAUCUUCAUAUUUCUAUUUUUGAACUAGUUCUCAGGGGAAUUAGAUUGAAUUACCACAUAUACAAAAUUAUGCAAUACAAACUCACAAAGGAAAAGAUGACAAACAUCAAUGGACUGAAUCAUGUGAUAUGAUUUUGACAAUAAAUAUUUCAAAAUUUGUAACCUAAUAUAGCAUCAAACCAAUAUUUGAAGUCAAAUACAGGAAGAUGUGGUCAUUGGAAAUAAUAUGCAAAAGGGAAAGACUUACUCCCUUGGCUAUCCAAAAUCAUUGCUUGCAUUACUAAGUGCUCUCCGAAAUUCCUUGUAAAUGGGGAUUGUUUAUUGUGGCUGGAGGAAUAAAUGAGCCCUGGUGAACUUAUUAUAUUCUGCACCCUAGCAUCAGGUACAACUAUUUGGUUAUUCUGUUUGUCAUUAUAAGUUUCUCUAUGGGUUCUUUCUUAUCAACCUUGAUAUAAUUUUGACCUGAUUGUUGCUCACACCUUUUUCCUUGGAGGCAGAAUUGCAAAAGACAAGAGAUCAGAAGUCCAAUGUAUGCCAUAGAGGGAUUAUUCAAGGAAACAAGCAUCAAUUAGAAGUUAGAAGUAAGAAGUUUGAAAGAAGGCAUAAUUAUAAAAUAUUUUGAUUACAAUAGACAACAAUGACAAUGACAUAUUAUGAACCUUAAUAGUUGAAUCUCAAUUCAAGGAGAUAUAACAUGUUAAAAGGAAUUUGAAACUCUGACCAUUAAACAAGGGAUGAGCUAUAUCCAAGCAAUCCAAAAAAUAGUCUGAAUGAAUUUUAUUUAUUUUAUUUUU